GAUUUUGUGGGUGAAUUUUAUUUGGCUGGGAUUAGGAACAAAAAACUUACAAAAAUGUGCAAACUAUAUACUAUGUGAGGUGAAAAUUUGUAUUAUUUAAGAGUUUCUUAAUCCCAUGUCCAUUACAAUACAUGGGCAGCGGUGAAAAAGUGAUAUAAGGGCAUUUAAAACAAAAAAGAAAAUAGCACAACCAAAACUUAAAUCGAUGAAUCAGGGGUUCAACUGAGCUUAAUUGUAUCCCGCAAAUCUUAAAAUGACUGAAAAAUCAGAUCACAUAACAUUAACACUGCCAGCGGCAGCAGUUGGCCUGAAUGGAGAAGCCACUACUAGUAGUUCCCUAACCGGAAAUCGCAAGAAAAGCUUGAGACGGUCUUGGAAUCAAUUACCACGUUGUCAACGUAAUCUCAUCAUAUUGGUCAUAUCUGCCAUGUGUAUUAGCGUAGUGUUCCUGUUACCUUCUCAGCAAUUGGAUGUCAUUAGCAAGAACUCGCUAAGUUUGGAUACCAAUAGUGCUGCAUUACCUCAGUCGCGAGUUAUUCGACAUAACAAUUAUGCUGACGAUAGAGAUGAUGUGCAGGUGGAAAGUAAAAGUAAUAUUAUCUUUUCACCAGGGGAGCAAAAUAUACUGCCGGCGCCUGCACCACAAAAACAAGAACCGCAGAUUGCUAUUGAAAGUGUGGUCAAUAUUCCACAAACUCAAGAACAUGUACAACCCCAACCCCAGCCACAACCACAAAAUGAAGAGGAAACUCUGGACAAAGCUCAACUACCAAACAUUCUUAAUAACGAUUUUACGAACGACAAUAACUUCAAUCCUAAACACCCCAACAAUGCCGAAGAUGAUCGUGCGGCUAUAGAGGUUGCCCUGCAAGAUCCCAACAGCUUGCCCGCAAGCAAUGGCUUGACCAUUGAAGAAUUUUUGGGACGCAUAGACUUGAAACAUUUACCACAAAAGCAACAUUUUCAUGGCCCCAAUAAUGAGAGACAAGAGGCUGUGGUUAAUGCAUUCCGACACUCUUGGAAUGGUUACAAAAAAUACGCCUGGGGUCAUGAUAAUCUAAAGCCCAUGUCAGAAUCUUCAUAUGAUUGGUUUGGUCUGGGUCUAACCAUUAUUGACUCAUUGGAUACCAUGUAUAUAAUGGGUUUAGAAGAUGAAUUCAUUGAGGCCCGCAAUUGGAUCAGCGAAGCCUUGAAUUUCGAUGUUAAUCGCGAUGUAAAUUUGUUUGAAGUUACCAUUCGUAUAUUGGGUGGAUUACUUUCCGCCUAUCAUUUAAGUGCCGAUAAGGUGUUCCUUAAGAAAUCGAUUGAAUUGGGCAACCGUCUAUUGCCAUGUUUCCUCUCACCAUCGGGCAUACCAUAUUCAGAUGUGAAUUUAGCUGCCUUAUCCGCUCAUGCUCCUAAAUGGUCACCCGAUAGUUCAACCAGCGAAGUAACAACACUUCAAUUGGAAUUUAGAGACCUGAGUCGAUUGACAAAUAUCUCGUUAUAUGAAAGUGUCGCUCAUCGUGUCAAUGAAAAAGUACAUGGGCUGGAAAAAAAUAGUGGUCUUGUGCCGAUCUUUAUCAAUGCCAAUACCGGAACUUUUAGAAAUUAUGCCACCAUAUCGUUGGGAGCCAGAGGUGAUUCGUAUUAUGAAUAUUUGCUUAAACAAUGGAUACAAACGGGCCAUAAAGGCAGUGACUUCUUGGUUUCGGACUACAUGCAAGCCAUGGAUGGUGUAUUUUCCCAACUGCUACGUCGUACCCCCAAAGAAAAUCAUGUUUUCAUAGGAGAAUUAAUCAAUGGCAAGGAGUUUAAGCCUAAAAUGGAUCACUUAACCUGUUACUUGCCGGGUACCCUAUUGCUGGGACAUCAUUUUGGUAUGCCUGAUUCGCAUUUGCUGUUGGCCAGGGAUCUCUUGGAGACAUGCUAUCAAACCUAUAUGAAACAACCAACACAAUUAGCACCGGAAAUCUCCUAUUUCUCAACGGCAGAAACCGAGGAGCUGGAUAUUUAUGUCAAGCCAAAUGAUGCUCAUAAUUUAUUACGUCCCGAGUUUAUUGAAAGUUUGUAUUACUUCUAUGCCCUCACAGGUAAUCGCACUUACCAGGACAUGGGUUGGACUAUAUUCCAGGCUUUUGAGAAAUAUGCCAAGGUAACCAAUGGCUAUUCAUCGAUUGGUAAUGUUAAGAAUAUCUUUAAUACACGCCUGAGAGAUAUGAUGGAAAGUUUCUGGCUGGGAGAAACUUUAAAGUAUUUCUAUUUACUCUUUAGUAAUAAUCCCAAAGAAAUUGAUUUAGAGAAAUGGGUAUUCAAUACAGAGGCUCAUCCUCUGCCCAUAAGAAAUCAAUAAUUGAAAUAAGUCUAGAAAAGCAAAGCAAAAAAAAAAUGAAUGAAUGAGUCUGAAAAUUAUUGAUAUUGUAUAUAAACAACAGCAACAACGGAAAAACAAAAUGGAAAAAAAACUACUUAGAGAUCAAUGUACUACUACUACCAUGUCGUGUUUAAGUUUAACUUAUAUGUAUUUAUUUAUGUACUUUCAUAGAUUUUUGUUUUUUUUUUUUGGUAUGUUUUAAGAUCUUUUUUUUAUGUGUACAAAGAACAUGUGCUGUGCAUAAGAAAAUACCAAGAUAUUUAGGAAAACACUUUAACUUUUGCAUUACAUCUUAGGUAUAAGAAGAAUCUCGUCAUGCAAAACUUUUUAAAACUCUUCAGCUCUCUUUCAAAGUUUCUUUUUUCAUUGCAGCAUAGUAAUUAUUCGGAUGUUUUCAGGGAAUAACUUUCAUUUUUACCUUAAAAACAAAGAAGUGAAAGUGAAGCCUAAAACACACCACAUCAGAUAUGGAUAUGAACAUGCACCCAAUAUAUACCCACACAUUGGAUAUCUACCUUUGAAAUUCCUAAUAGAUGCUCAAGGUAUUGGUAUUGAUGUUGGGUAGAUGUCCAUCUCGUAUUAUAUGUUAAAUGUAUAUAACACAAACAUAUGCAUAUAUAUUUAUAUAUGUGCUGUCUUUAGUUUUAGUUAAAGUAGACACGAAUUACUUAAAAAAAAAACAAACAAUUACGAAAAAUGAGCAGCAAAGAGCAUUAAUGCCAAAUAGUAAAUAUUUAAUUUUUAAUCUCAUCCCAAUCAUGAUAUUCAUAUAUAUACAUACAUAUUUUACAAAUUAUUAUUUUUUUGUUCUACAAACAAUCUAAGAUUUAAUUACGAAUAAUGCUAAGCAAUAUUAUUUAUAUAUACACACACACAUUUACUUAUUUAAACCCAAUACAAUUUUAGUACGCAAGCCUAGAAACGUGUAGCGUUGUUUGAUCAAAAUUGAUAUCUGAUUGUUAAGGUUGCACAGUGUCAAGUUAGCAAACUUAAUUUAGCUAAACUGUCUAAAAAAUGUAGAAAUCGAUGUUUUAAGGAACAUACAUAGAAACUUAUGUGGUGUUUCGGUUUAU